CUCACUGACAUUUCAACUGUGGCUGUCAACGGCAAGUCGUCUCAUCCAGAACAAAGACAAACCAGCCAGUGGACAGGGAGAGUAACCUCUGUGCUCUGUUCUCGCAUUGGCUGCUGAUUACAGUGUAGGGAGUACCAUGUGUGACUGUAGUGGCUUGGCAGCAUGUCAGCAGCUCUGAAGAGCCUCCUCUGAAGCUCGUCCUCUGACCCUCCUGGACUGAACUCUGCCAAAUCCUGAGACAGCUGUGGACUGUGCCUGAAACUCUUCAGCCCCUGAAGAGCCUGCUUUUACAAUCAAGAGACACUUCUCUCCAAAAACAACAGGUGAAUUUCUAACUGCAGCAGAGCUGUGACAGAAAAGGAACAAUGAAUGUGACAACUGCAAGCCCCACUCGAGUAUGUGUCAAAAUUGGCGACAGUGCCAUCAGUGACUUCCUGAUGUCUGUUUACAUCCUGGCCUUUAUCUUUGGCUUGAUCUUCAACGUGCUGACACUAGGCCCCAUCUGGCAGCAGAUGCGGCGGCACAACGUUCUGGGCAUCUUCUUGCUGAACUUGUCCAUUUCUGACAUGCUUUUCCUCUUCACUAUACCCCUUUGGAUCAAUUAUUACCGGCAGGAUCACCACUGGCAGCUAGGUGUCGUGUCCUGCAGUGUCGCUGGCUUCUUCUAUUACUCCAACAUGUACAUCAGCAUCUACCUGCUCUGCUGUAUCUCCGUGGACCGCUGCCUGGUGGUCACCUACCCACUCCGCUCCAAGGCCUACCGUACAUCACGCUACGCCUGGACACAGUGCGCCGCUGUUUAUGUUAUAGUGGUGGCGCUGCACAUAAUGGUGCUGGUCUACGACAAUCUCACAGAUGCCCAUGAUGACAGAAACAACAAUGACCGUUGUUAUGAGACGUACCCCAUGCAGAAGCCUAUUGCCCUGUUCAACCUGCUUCGAGUGGGCAUCGGCUUCCUGCUGCCCCUGCUGGUGUUGGCUGUGAGCUACUGGAGGGUGCUGGCCACCGUGGGCCAGAGUCCCGGCCUGAGUGCCCAGGUGAAGAGGAAGGUCCGCCUGCUGUCCUUUGGGGUGAUUGGGAUCUUCUCAGUUUGCUUCGCUCCGUAUCACAUUCUCCUGCUCACACGCUCAUUAGUCUUCUACAACAGCGUCGACAUAUAUGCUGAAGAUAGCUACUGCCAGUUUGAACAAAAAAUGCACUUUUUCUUCUCGUGCACGCUGGCACUGUCCAGUCUGAACUGCUUGGUGGACCCCGUGCUGUAUGUGCUGGUCAGUAACGGAGUCCAGGAGGAGGUGAAACUGUGCUGGAAGAGGCAUAAAAGGACACAGAAAGAUAUAGACUGUGCCCUAACAGCAAACAACAGAGGGACAUGCAAAACAAAUUUAAUAUGAAAAAUAAGCUGUACAGUAUGUGGGUGGACAAGUGCACAUUUGUAUGCAUAUGUGUGUGCAUGUAUGUGCAUAAAUAUAUACACACAAUUCUGCAUAAUAUCUGUAUAAGCAAGUCAGCCAGUAAGUAGCAGGAUUAUUUACAUCCCAUUAUCAACCCUUCGUGUACAGACAAUCAAAUGUGUAGAGGAGGGGGUUGGAUAGGAUGCAUCUCAGAGCUCUGUAAUUGGAUUGCACUCCCAGGUUUUGCUCUCCCAAGAGUUCUUCAGUGGCGGCCACUUCUGGUUUGUGGUUGGACACUGAUGGAGUUGAAGAGCACUUGUGUUUUCCCUCCAAUCUAUACAAGAAUAGUCUGAUUAUGUGACUCUGGUAUAGCGAAAAGUGCAUAAACUCAAAAGCAUGCCAUACAAAAGCAUUUAUUAGCAUGACUGUGCGUGCUCAGUGCCUGGCCGUCUGUGAAACAUGUUGAAUGUAAAUCCAAAUAAACCAGUGGUUUGAACAGGUGCUGGGCUUUUCGGUUGUUUAGUUUAUGCAAUGAAAAUAUGUGGCGAUCAAUUUUGCAGUUGGCAUUUUAUACAUUUCCACUGGGAGGGAAGGCCUUGGGAGACGACAAACCCAGACACCCAAGCACUUUGCAAUUACUGUUGCACAUAAAGAUAAUCAUAAAUCCUGCACAGCUGUUUGGUGCCCAUGUGUCAAGUGGACAAAGGCUGCAACUAGGAGACCCGUGCAACACACACAGUUUUAUUCUUAGUGUAGUAUUUGAAGCUGUGUUAAAAAUGUUUCCUCACAUUGUCGACUUCUGUUCUAAUUUAUUGUAAAUCAAAUCUUCAAUGGACAGGCUAAGGCAGGCAGACAGGUAGAGAGAGAGAGAGAGAGAGAGAGAGAGAGAGAGAGAGAGAGAAGGAAAGAAAGAAAGAAAGAAAGAAAGAAAGAAAGAAAGAAAGAAAGAAAGAAAGAAAGAAAGAGGGAGCAGGUGAAUCAACAACAUUAAGGCUGUUAUUAUUGCUUUGUUUUGUAUUUUGUCCAUUAUUCAUAGAGUGGCUCUCUCAUGCAUCAAUAGAGCUCUUUGUAGGGCACAUCGAUAUAUCACUAGCUGAGUACUUGGCAUAUAACCUGUAUGAAGCCUGAGGCUGUCAAGGUUUGUGCAGCCGGUUAUUGUUCUUUAAAAGGCUAUACUGCUGAGUCUGUAGUCUACACUAUAACCUAUACACUGACCCUGUCUCCUGAAAACUCAUAUAACAUGCCUUGCUUAAUACAUUUAAGUGGAAAUGUAAUUGCUGACUGGAUUAUGUUCACUGGCAAUGUGUUCUUUUCCAGUUCAUGACGAGCGGAUAUCGGAAAACAAAUGAGAUAUGUUGUGAAUGAGCAUUUUUCUGAUACGGUUUUGCAACUCCGCAGAUACUCUCAUUAUGUUGAUAAAAACAAUCUGGGUGCCCUAACUGUCUUUCAAAACAAAUCGCAUUUGCUCAGUAAAUCCCACGAAAAGACCAAAACCAAUGAACUGAUCCUACCAACAAAUCAUUUGAGUUUUACUCCUCUGUACCAAAUUGUUGUCAAAAAAAAAACAAAAACAUCAUCAAUGAGCCACACAGUUGCACUGAGUAACACAUUCCUUCAUUAUGAUGAAUUUAGGCUCUGUAGUAUAUGCUGAGUCAUAAAUCGUCCUGCUGCCUGCUCACUAAAGCAUCAUAUCUGCUAAUCCCCGGCCAAAAAUAGUCUCAAUAACAAAUGCAAGAUUUACACCCGUUUGAGUAACACUUCCUAAAGACCACAGUGUUUUAGGAAAGUUCCUGCCUUUUUAUUAAAAAAGAAACUAUAUGUACCUGUCAAGAUUUACUUCUUCAGUCAUGCAUGUAAUCAUGCGGGAGACUGGGGGUCAUGUGCCCCCUAAUAUAUGAAACAUGGAAAUUUGUUUCCCCCGAUAUUUACAGUAUAAUUGACACAAGAUCAGAUUCCCACAAAAAGCUGAAAGAACGCUAAUUUUUUUUCCCCAAUGCUCCGAGCUAAACUGACUCCAAAAGCACUCCGUAGCUUUGGUCAAGAUCUGAUAGUAAUUCAUGUUCUGUGUUCUGCUGCACAUCUGCACAGGUCAGCUGUUACACACAGAUUAUACAGUGGGAUUGUUUGUAAUGAAGAAGCCCUU